ACUCUCAUAGUAGCUGCAGCAGUCACACGUCAUUGCCUCGCUGCGUUGUCACGCGAUCAUUGAUAUUUUGGAAAUAGACUUAAAAUGUUGCAUUUUUUAGUCCUAACCCUUUUAUACAAAUCAGCAUACUGCGCAAGCUAUCAGCGCUACGAUGAAACUACCCAAAGUCAAUUCCCAUACAAAACGAAUUAUCAAAGUGACAUAUCACCUUUUCCAGCAGUGACACGAUACCCAAAUUAUAGCCCGGGAUAUUCGACCAGUAGAUCAAAUGUAUAUGGAGGCGCCGGUUCUGGGAACGUAUUUUUUCAGUCUGGUUACUCAACGGCGCGAUAUGGCGCGGGAGGAGAUUACGGAAAAACCAGACAGGGUAAUUACGGUUACGGUGCCAUAAGCCCGUACGAGAGACCUUUCAUGCAAUACGGGAACGAUUAUUGUGUAAAUAGAACUCCACAGAAUGGAAUUUGGAUAGACAGUUUAACAGGCAUGUGGUAUGGAGUUGAAUUAAUUCAACAUUUAGCCGGGGAUUCAAGAGUUGAAUAUGCAAGAUCCUGCAUUGUCAUCCAUAUUUCGGAACCAAACGAUAAGCCAUCUACAGAUGGCCAAUUGUAUCACGUGCAGGCGCUGAACGCGAAAUUCCGUCAGGACUACCGGAACCUGAGAUUGUUGUGGGAUGAGGCGGGACAAUCAAUUGAAUAUGCUCUUUACUUCCGAAACGACUCAGCUGGCUACUGGCAGGCAUUUGACGUGCAAAAUGGUACGCUUGCUGCUCGGCCGUCCUAUCAGCAAUUUACGGGAACGGUGCAGGUACUCAAAGCUGUGAAUGAUCAUCUGGUACUCAAUUUCUGUCAAGAAGGUACCACUAAUGUACCAGCACAGCUCUAUUCCGUGCUUUUCUCAAGGGAGCCAGGUCAAAUGGCGCGGUGGGAAAUCGAUUCUGUUCAUUCCAUGUUACAGAAUAAGAAACUGUCAGUAGCAUCAAGGCGAAUGGUUUGCGGGAAUGGUGCUGAAAAACAAAUGUAUAGUGUAAUAUUUUCUAUACUAUCUGUUUUCUUUGCUGUUAUAGCAUCUUUUUAAAACAUUAUUUAAUUAAAGUAAACGUUACCCAGACUUUACGAAUGUAAUGACUUAAUUUUUUUAAUGAUUAA